ACACCCAACCACCUGAGAGGCGAGGCAAAGCAAAGCAGCCAUAGCGCUCAGAAAUCUCUCUCAAUUUCUUGCCUCCGCCAAACACAGCAUAGAGAACUAAAAGAAGAAGGGGGAGGCCAUUGGAGAAGCGGAAGGAAGGAAUUAGCAGAGAGAGAGAGAGAGGCGGUUUGAGGUGGUCUGUCGAUCGAUCUACAUACAUCUGGUGAAGUGCUCGGCCUCUGAUCUGGUGCGGUGGAGCUUGAUCAAUCCGGCUGGAUCGGGAAGGCAGAGAGAGCAGAGAAUGGGGAGAGGGAGAGUGCAGCUGCGGAGGAUAGAGAACAAGAUCAACAGGCAGGUGACGUUCUCGAAGCGGCGGUCCGGUCUGCUGAAGAAGGCUCAUGAGAUCUCUGUUCUGUGCGACGCGGAAGUGGCUCUCAUCGUCUUCUCCACCAAGGGGAAGCUCUUCGAGUACUCUACGGAUUCCUGCAUGGAGAGGAUCCUAGAACGUUACGAGAGAUACUCCUAUGCUGAGAGGCAGCUUCUUGCCAAUGACACUGAAACAUGCGGUAGCUGGACUCUAGAAUAUGCAAAGCUCAAGGCUAGGAUUGAAGUCUUGCAAAAGAAUCUAAGGCACUACAAUGGACAAGACCUGGACUCGCUAAGCCUUAGGGAACUUCAAAACCUGGAGCAACAACUUGAUUCUGCUCUUAAGCACAUUCGGUCAAGAAAGAACCAGCUGAUGUAUGAAUCCAUCUCAGAUCUUCAGAAAAAGGACAAGGCCCUCCAGGAGCAGAACAACCAACUGGCAAAGAAGGUGAAGGAAAGGGAGAAGGAAAUAUGUGAGCAAGGAGAGUGGGAGCAGCAAGACCCAUCUUCUCUAGUUCCUCAACAGACCACCCAUGGCACCCUCGAUUUACCUUCUACUACUACAAACAAUAACGUUGCCUCGCAGCCAUUACAGCAUCCUCUUGACAUAAUAAGUGGCGGAAGCGGCAGCGGAGGCGUUUAUCCUGCGAGAGGUAGUGGAGGAGCGGAAGAAGGAACUACGUCAUCCGGUAGUCGAGCCAAUGCGCUCCUGCCACCGUGGAUGAUGGGCCACCACAUAUAAUAAUAUGCCUGGAGAAGGCGCAGGGAACAACUACUAUUAUUAUAGGCUGUAGCCCUUUCAAACUUAUUUAUUAAAAUUUUGAUUUUAUGUUCUUAUAUAUAUAUAUGCAUGCUUUAAUUCGAGGUAUAUGUAAGCUUUGAUCGCGAGCGGACGUCGCCGAUGUGUGUGAAUGUAUUUUAUUUGUAGUAUUGUAUAUACGCCGAGUCAUCAUCCAAGUGCCUAUAUCUAUAAACUGGAUGUAAAUUGAAAUUGGAGAUGAUGUACCAGAAUCGCUUUCCUCCAUGCAUGCUAGAUUAUUAUUAUUUUCCAGCAUGCGAUUUAUUUUCCAGACCUUGGUUACUGUUGUAUCAUUAUUAUUAUUUUUAGGGGAAAAGAGCAUUCUAUGUCUGACGAUUAAAAUAUUUCGUUGAAUGGUUUUAGUUUCUUAGAGAUUUUAAUUUUUUUUUGUUUUCUAGUUAAAUAUGGUUUGUAAAACUCAUACUAGAUAUUAUGCCAAACAAAUUUAUGGUUAAAUAAAUAUUGGUAAAGUAUCGUCUUUUAUAAUAACUUUUUUUAAAAGAUACCACGCCAAAAAGUAUGCUACCAUAUCAAAAUAAUCCAAGAUAUUACUUAGUAAUAGCAUUUUGCUUGACAUUAAGAUUUUUUUCUCGUGACUCAUAGUUGAGAAGAACAUUGUUGGUUAAUUGAUUGGCUUCCAUCAUCGUUGGAAUGGUCUUGGCUUUGGUCUCCCGCCCUUCUCUCGAAGUUUAGAUUCUUCCUUUGGAGAUGCUCUAAGCUAGCUAUUGCUACUAGGAAAAGACUCCAUACAAGACAAUGCACCCCCAACCCUAUAUGUCCAAUCUAUGAUGCUCCGGUUGAAUCUAUUAUGCACGGCCUCUUCUUCUGUCGGCAUGCAUCUGAAACGUGGAACCUUUCAAGUCUGCUCCCUAAUUUCUCAGCGCAGGGCUCGUCCUUUGCGCAUUGGUUUUUUGGACUGAAGGAAGACUAUAGUGACACUCGCAUUCGUCAGAUUGUCUGCUGUCUCUUGAAUAUUUGGAUUUCUAGGAACUCCUUUGUCUUUGAUAACAAGGCUCCUUCCCCGUCCUCCACGAUAAUUGUUGCAGGUCGUGACUUCCUGGAAAUUUAUGAAGCUCGAUUCACUGGAGCUUCACUUGCUCCCCGCCGACCUACUCUUUUAUCUUCUCAACCGAGGGGUUCCCAUCACAACAUUGAACCACCGCCUACUUUCCGAGUGAUGGCAAGGCUGAGUCUUUCUUUUGUUCUCAUCUGAUUCAAGCUGAGGCUUUUGGGCUCCUCAAUGCUAUCUUGCUUGCAACGUAAGAUCUGGUCCCUACUUGCAUUCGUUCAGAUUGUCAAGUGCUGAAUCUUGCAUUGCAUAAGGAUCCGGCCUCUCGGCCUUGGCUUUUUCAAGCUUCCCUUGCGCGUAUGGCUUCCAUCUUAAUCUCUUCGCCUUGGAUUCACAUCGAGUUCGUCCCAAGGUGGCUGAACAUGUUGGCGGAUUGGGUUGCUUGUCAAGCUAGAUCGGAAUCAUUACCUAUGGAUUGGAUUACAGUUUCUAAUAUUAUUGCUCCACUGUUGUAAUGAACUCUUUUCUUUGCUUGCUCUAAUGGAAUGAAAGUUACCACUGUUAAAAAAAAAGGCUAAAAACGUCGCGAAUUUGAUACUGUUCUAUGUCCCCAAUGUAGUCAAAAUCCCGAUUUUAAUCUUAAAAUCUUACGAUUUUACGAUCUUAACUAUGGGUUCCGAUCCUGAUUUUACUGUAAAAUCUUUGAACCUUAAAAUCCCAUAAAAUCUGGAUUUAAAA